CUUUGAUAUUAGGUACAAGGAUGGAAGGGAACUUUAUAGUCUGGAUUGAAUCACAAUAAUACCAGUCUUCGUUAUAUAAUCGCACUAGACACUACUGCGUUUUUAAAAUAAGGAGUCAUGGAUUUAACAAAAUUUUGGAUUAUUGUGGUUUUGGUAGUGUGUUACGAACAAUCCAGCAUCGCGAACCACGUCAAUGUACUCAACAAAAACGAUCCUGGCAGAUCAAGACCAAAAAAAUCAGUUGAUACGGAAAUAUAUGUAGCGAUUCCGCCGGAAAACAUUAAGACUGGUAAACAAGACAACCCUCCAACUUUGAUACGUUUAGAUCCAAAUUCUCCAAAUAAGUUCAAGGGCAAGUUUCCGACUCCAAUCGAACGUUUUAUACAGCGCAUACAGAACUAUUUUUCCGUGUACAAUCCACCAGAAUACUUAAAUGACUUAAGGCCCGGUAUCAAUAAUCCGGAAAACGACGGGUAUCAGUUAGACUCGUCGAACAACACACAGGUAAUACUACCGUGUAACGGUACGAGCACCAUAGUGAUCAUUCCUGUGCCAUUGGAAAAUGAAAAUAUUUCUACUGACCAAAAUGCAUAUUCAGAUAAACCUGACGCUUACAUAGUGCCGACGACACCAAAACCUAAUUGCCCAGAAGAUGUGACUACAAAAAAGUCGAAAUAUCCAGAAAAUACUACUCCAAAACCAAAUUGUCCGGAGGUGACAACUCUAAAGCCAAACUGUCAGGAAGUUACAACUCCAAAACCAAACUGUCCGGAAGUAACCACUCCAAAACCAAAUUGUCCGGAAGUUACCACUCCGAAACCUAAUUGUGUGGAAGUUACCACCCCGAAACCUAAUUGUGUGGAAGUUACUACUCCAAAGCCAAAAUGCCCAGAAGUAACUACUCCAAAACCGAAUUGUCAGGAAGAGACAACUCCAAAACCUAACUGUCCUGAAGUGACCACUCCGAAACCCAAAUGCCCGGAAGCAACUACCCCAAAACCCAAAUGCCCGGAAGCAACUACCCCGAAACCCAAGUGCCCUGAAAUAACGACUCAAAAACUACCUGGUCCUCCCAAACAAAAUUCAACAGCAAGUGACCCUAAACCUAUAUCUGGAUACGGACCAACUGAAGUUCCUUCGCUGAACUUAGUAGCUCAGCCCGUUCUUGGCUCUACCGUUCUUUAUUUUUACAAACAACCUACAACCUUACCACCGUAUAAUCCACCAGCUUAUAAUCCACCUGCCCCUGCAUACUACAUACCUAAUACUCAGUUAUCUUACGAAGAAAACACUCGAAGACCCAAGCCACCAAUCUUACGUUUAAAACAGUUAUUAUUCCCACGUCUAUAUGCAGCUUUUCAUCCUGACGAGUGAUGACUAACAUAAAUUGUAUUCUAAUCAAGAUAAGAAAUAUAUAUAUUUAUAUUUAUUUAUAUGAACGUGUUAGUAACACACAUGAAUAA